UACAUGGACGGUUGAAGGAGUUGUUUCUGAGUUAUGUUCGGGCGCAGCUUUCUUGCAUUUUAUAUUUUUGGAUAAAGACUGUAUUAAGAUAUACUUUAUUCUUCUUUAUACUCUAAUUUACAUUUGUAUAUAAAUAUCCUACCAAUCAUUAUUAGACCUCCAUCAGCUUUUGUAUAUCUCUACCAAAUCAAAACACCUUUCAACUGUCAAUUGCUUUAGUGCUCACAUCCUCUAUUAGCUUCUCUUUAAUUUCCUUAAUUUCUCAUUAAGCAAAUAUACGUAACAUGGCAAGACUAAUCAUUUUCUCGUUCUUCAUUUUCUUUUCCCUAUUAAAUAUCAACUCAUCAUUUGCCAGAACAAGCUUUAACGUUUUAAGCUAUGGAGCCAAACCUAACGGCGUGACAGACUCCACCAAGGCUUUUCUUGAUUCUUGGAUUGCAGCCUGUGGCUCUAUUGAUUCAACCAUGAUAUAUGUACCUAAAGGAAGGUAUUUGGUUGGCGAUAUGGUCUUUAAAGGUACCUGCAAAAACUCUGAUAUAACCAUUCGCAUUGAUGGCACACUGGUGGCUCCAGGAGAUUAUCGCAUUCUAGGUCAAGCUCAUGACUGGCUUAGCUUUGAAGGAAUUAAUGGUGUUUCUAUUAUUGGUGGAGCAUUGGACGCUAAAGGGUCACCCUUGUGGGCUUGCAAAGCCAAAGGCAGUAACUGCCCUGAUGGAGCUACGACACUGAGGUUUACAAACUCCAAUAAUAUAAAGAUCAAUGGCUUGUUAUCAUUAAACAGCCAAAAGUUCCACAUUUCCAUAAAUGGCUGCAAAAAUGUGCGUUUUGAAGGAGUUAAAGUGAUAGCUUCUGGAGAUAGCCCAAACACAGAUGGUAUUCAUGUUCAAUACUCCACCAAUGUUGUGAUCUUCAACUCUGUAAUUAAAACCGGUGAUGAUUGUAUCUCCAUUGGUCCUGGUGCUAAGGACCUGUACAUCGAAGGUGUUAGAUGCGGCCCUGGUCAUGGCAUAAGCAUAGGAAGCUUAGCUUGGGAGAUGGAAGAAGAAGGGGUUCAAAAUGUUACAGUUAAAAGCUCAAUUUUUGCCGAUACUACAAAUGGAUUUAGAAUAAAGACAUGGGCUAGGCCAAGCAAUGGAUUUGUGAAGAGGAUUCGAUUCUUAGGUGCCAUUAUGAGUAACGUCAAAAAUCCUAUUAUUAUAGAUCAACAGUAUUGUCCUCACAAUUUAAAUUGUCCUAAUCAGGUAUCAGGCGUAAAAAUCAGUGAUGUAAUAUAUCAAGGCAUUCGAGGAACUUCAGCUACACCAAUUGCUGUAAAAUUUGAUUGCAGCCCCAAGUAUCAUUGCACUGGAAUAAGAUUGCAUAAUAUAAAUUUGGCCUACUCAAAUCAAGUAGCUCAAUCAUUCUGUGCUAAUGUUGCUGGCAAAACAGUUGGACUCGUUCAACCUGAUAGUUGUUUAUAAUUUAGAAAAGUCCAACCAUGUCUAUGUAUAUAAUUAUGUUGUAUUAAUUAUCAUUUGUAAGAGCCUUCACCCCAAGA